GCCAGAUAGAACUCUUCUCCCAUGUACGCGUGCUUAAGAACUUUUCGGAGCAUUUAAGGCGAAAAAUUUCAAUGGCUGUGUUGUAUACUUGCUUGAUUCACAGGGUAUCUAAGUCUUUUAUAACAGAUGUGACCAAGUUCAUUAGUGGUUGUAUGUUAUCGCUUCGUGCUAUGGCGCAACUAGAGCUAGUAAAUGAAUCCACAUUCUCGAUACCUCACGUUAAUAUACUCUCCAAAACGGAUCUUGUAGCCAACAAGGACAUUGAGAA